CAACCCACCGUGAUCAGUUGACUACAAGCUAAGUUGGGUGACAGGAAUUGCAUUAUCUUGCAUAACCACAGGCAUCAUAAUGCAUAUCACGUUAUACUCCAUUCUUCUUGUCUCAACUAUCUUGACCGUGUGCAAUGGGCAGCUCCUCGAACCGGCGGCCGAACUGGUCAAGGAAAUCUACUGGAAUUUAGGUGACGCCAAACCCGCAAUGAUGAAUCAAGAAGAAAACUCCAAUUUAUGCAAGAACACCAAGUCGAUGAGCUUGGUGUCCAUAAUGGAUUCCGCCGACCAAAAGAUCAUUAAUAGGAUUACGAAAGGGGCUAAUAAUUCCGCCGGAUCCAAUUUUUGGUUGGGUGGGUCUGAUUUGGAGCAAGAAGGGCGUUGGGUAUGGCCGGACGGAACCAGGAUAAAAUAUUUCAAUCGCUGGAAUUCUGCACCAAGUUUGAGUAAUACACAAGAAAAUUGUAUGUUUACUUCCGUUUGGGGCCGAGGUAACUGGCUGAGCACGAAAUGUUCAAUGACAAUUUCACCACUUUGUGAACAAUCCGCAUUCAGGUUAAUUGACAAAUCACCCCCACCCCCAACCAUAGUCCGCUACAACUUUAACAUCUCCUACAUAAACGGAGCUCCUGACGGCGUUCAAACCUCCCACAUCCUCACAAUCAACGGUAAAUUCCCAGCCCCAACUAUUCUCGCCUAUCAAGGCGACAUCCUCGAAGUCAACGUCAUCAACAGUAUCCAAGACGGGCAAAACGUGACCCUCCACUGGCACGGGAUCCACCAGUACGGCACCCCCCAUGACGACGGCCCCUCACAAGUCACACAAUGCCCCAUCAAGUCCCAUCGAUCUUACACUUAUCGUUUCCACCUCCACCAAAGCGGCACCUUUUGGUACCACUCGCACCACGCCAGUCAGUACACGGAGGGCCUCUGGGGUGGCUUUAUUGUCCGAAAACGGGUCGAAACCGUGCACCCGUACGAUGGCGAAUUUACCGUAAAACUGACCGAAUGGUAUCAUCAGUCCGGCCCUGAAAAUGAGGCGUGGCAUCUCUCCACCCGUUCUCAGGGAGCCCCGCCCUACCCCGAUUCCGUCCUGGUCAACGGUAUGGGGCGGUACAAUUGCAAAUAUGCCGUCCUUAAGAAUCGUACCUGUUCCUACCGAGCCCAACAAAUGCCCGUUUUUCACCUCGAAGAGGGAAAACUUACCAAAAUGCGGUUAAUCAAUGUCGGCGGGAGGGCGAUGUUCAACGUUUCCGUGGAUCAUCAUACCCUCGUUGUCGUCGAAGUUGACGGGAUCGAGGUGGCUAAACCGGGCAAGGUUGUGGACGCCGUGUUCAUCGCGCCUGGGCAAAGAUAUGCCUUUCUUCUAAAGAAAAACGAGGGGGCACCCGGAAACUGUGGGAGAUUCCCGAUCAGAGCCGUACUUCGGACCGAAUACUUAUUCGUCGUUCCAGGAACGAAUAUUAAUCCCUUUCCCGACCAAAUAAUUACCGAGGGGGUGGGAAUGCUCCAAUAUCAUAACAGUGUUCCUGUCGGAGGUUCAAAUUCCGUGCCCGUUUCGAAAGAACCGUUCUAUUAUUCCGACACUAUCCCGCCAAGGAUCAACACACCCCAGAAAUUCUUGACGGACAGUGAUAUCACUCCGUUAGGCGGAAUGACCGCGCCAUCUACGGUGGAUCAACAAUUCGUACUAAAUAUUCAAUUCGGCCGCGAUUCAGAGGGCAUUGUGCGAGCUAGUUUUAACGGGACGCCGUUCCAGCUGCCGAGCGGGAAACCGAUACUUAUGAAAAUGUUGCAAAAUAUUCCACUCCCACUGGAAACGAUUCCGUUAAGGCUCGAAUACAUGUCGGUGGUUCAGCUGGUUAUCAAUAAUCCGAUCGAUGGUCCUCAUCCGAUGCAUUUGCAUGGUCAUCAUUUUUGGAUUAUGGCGUCUGGAAAGGAGGGAGAUGGGAAUUUUGAUCCAAAAAUACAUCCUUUGAGAUUAAAUGGAAUUUUACGAGAUACCGCGAUGGUUAAGGAGAGAUCGUAUCUAGUCCUACGUUUCGUGGCGGAUAAUUCAGGUGUGUGGACGUUCCAUUGUCACAUCGAUUGGCACAACUUGUCCGGGAUGGUGGUCACUUUUAUCGAGGGGGAAGACGAGGCCAGGAAAAAUAUUAGGCUGGCUAAUAAUUCCACGCAGUUGUGUCGAGAUCAUGGAAUUAUUGUAUGAUUUGAAGGAAACACUAAAUAAAUUAUUAUCCAAAGCUGACGAA